UGACAACUGAGAAUUUGACUUAACUUGUCAUUUCGCAAAGUUGUUAUGGACAAUCCACUCGUCAAUUCCUGAAAAUGCUCUGGCUCCUAAAUUCGCUGUACUCCACACCAAAUCAGCAACGAUGGAGCCAACCCGCAAGAUAUAUAACUGUGACUGGGUUACAGAAUUCCUCCAAUAUAUCCUCGACACCACCACAGAACCAGUCUCUCUAAUCAUCUGCUCUACAAGAGAUUCAUUUCUCGUAAACCUAGCCUUCACCAUCCAGACACAACCAAAACACACAUCCAAUGGCCAAGAACUACUCAAAGACACCAUCGGAUUGCUCGCGAACUCAACCAGAGCCAAACUGAUCUUCUGUCCCACCCUGGAACAUCUACGCGCCUACAUCGGCGUACUACGCCCGACCAGUGACGGCAAUGCCCAACAUGGCACAACCGCGGGGCAGAAUAAACGACCCCUGGUGGCCAUCCUGAACUGCUUAGCUUUACAUCUUCCGACGUCGGAGUUUUCGGCCCAAGGACUAUCCAGGACGCUGGCGGCUGCCGUGGAGGUGACCUCUCGGAAUGGGAUGGAUCUUGUGCUCUGUGAAUGUCGAGAUGCGGCGAAUCCGGCGGAUCCUAUGCGUGGAGAGGCGCUGUGGUUUGCGCAGGUUCCGUUACUCAACAGCGCGGUGCGUACGGGGGGUGACGAUGCCGCUGGGGGUGGUCUCAGUGUGCCUGUCAAACGAAUUGCACAGCGAUGGUUUGAGUUUAGUGGGAUGAGCUGUCCCGAAACAGAUACCAGGACAUCUUAA